CAUCACACUCCGGCCGCCAUGACACUAGAGGCAAACUAGAACGCACUGCCCUGUGCCCAUGGACGACAGGAGAGGACGGGGUUGAGAGGCGGAAUGGCCUCCUCGGUGGUCAGAGCCACGGUCCGGGCCGUGAGCAAGAGGAAGAUACAGGCCACCCGGGCCGCCCUUACUCUGACUCCGUCAGCUGUACAUAAGAUAAAACAGCUUCUUAAAGAUAAACCUGAUCAUGUAGGUGUGAAAGUUGGAGUCCGUACAAGGGGGUGUAAUGGACUUUCAUACAUGUUAAAAUAUACAAAAGCAAAAGGCGACUCUGAUGAAGAAGUAGUUCAAGAUGGAGUCAGAGUGUUUAUUGAAAAGAAAGCACAGCUGACACUUCUAGGAACUGAAAUGGACUAUGUAGAAGACAAACUAUCCAGUGAAUUUGUUUUCAAUAAUCCAAACAUUAAAGGAACAUGUGGCUGUGGAGAAAGCUUUAAUAUUUGAAAUCUCAGGACUAUUACCUUGGCUUUUAACACCAUGAAACACUUCAUCAGUGUGACUUUCUAAAGCUGUCACAUUUCUUUCAGGUUUUUAGGCUUUGUAAAGUGUUGCUGCAUUUCAAGGAAAAUAAAGCGAAUGCAUUUUGGAAAUGUAACCUGUGUGUUAAAUUUCAGCACUAGUGUAUUUAUGCAGUAAUUUGGGGUGAAUUUGUCUCUAGAUGGUAAGAACAGCAAGGUGCAGUAGCACUUCUAUAUGUGUUUUCAUAUGUGAAGGGAAAUAAAUCUCAAUAUUCCUCCUUUUCUUGUCAUUUCCCUCUCCUUCACCCCUACCCGCCCCCCAAAAAGUGUUUGUAAGAACACACUCCGUAUGCAUUCUGCUUUAAUUAGAAGAAAAUGGUAGGACUGUAUAUGUACGAAUAGGCUUCAGAAUUAACUUACUCAUUUGAAAAGAACACACACACAAAAGAAGGUAUGUAUCUGACAGAGGUUUCCAAUGUCUUCACCCCUUGAUAGUUGAGUAUGGAUUUACUGGUGAUCUGUUCUCAAAGAAAAAUUAAUAAGCUCUAAGAGGGAGGAAAUCCUGCCUUCUAGUGCGAAAAUUUUCAUAUGUUAUGUCACCAACCGUGGCUACAUCUUGGAAUGAGCUAAUUCAAGUCUCUAAAGUUAUGCUCACCCUUUCAUUGUGAGUUAUCUUAGUGCCUAUGUAAAUGUUUUCCUUUCCUUGUAGCAAGCACAAUCUCCUUGCUGCAGCCAGGAAGACAAGUAGUGUGGUGUUCCAGAAUAAUGCAACAUCUUCAACCAUUUGAAUGUUAAGGCAGAAUGUGCAUAGGCCUCCUUUUCCCACAUCCCAUGUAUCUGUCUUUGCCUCCAGUUGACCAAGACAGCAAAAUUCCUAAACUGCUUCCAACCCAGUACAUGUAUGUGUUCCCCCUAUGCUGUCUGGUCACCCAAGGAAAUUGUUUUAUGAUGGUGGAAGGAAUUUUGUCACUUCCUGUGAUCAUACUCAUGACUGACUUUCUGUCAGAGCUCAAACCUCAUUGGUAACUUGAGUAGAUGUUAGGUUUUCCCUGGUAAGGUUGACUCUAAAUUCUGUUCAACAAUUGUUUGGGGUGAAGGUAACUUUGUAAAAGGAAAAUUUCACUGUAGUUUAAAAAACACCUCAGAAUCUUUAUGAGCUGUAUAAAAUCAAUGAAAUUAGCUUUUUUGUUAAACUGACACCAGGCAUUAAUUUAAGGGAAGACAAAACUUAUUGCAUAGAAGACGCCAUUUGCUUUGAUAGAAACUAGUUUAAUCCCCCUCUUGCUCAUUAAGAUCCCUCCGGAAAGCCAGGGUAAUUUAAGUGGCCACAAAUGCAUCAAGCCACUCACUUGUGCAGCUUGCAGGAGGAGUAGAGAGGGGAAGAAGCUAUUGUUACUAGAGUAGUUGAGCUGAAAGUUGGGGGGGAGGGGAGGAGACUGAGGUGGAAGGGAGCUCACAAGGAAUACCUGAAUGCUGGCUUUAAAUAAGGAAGGAGUUGGAGUGAGGGAAGGAGAUGGGACUGAAUAAGGCAUAAAGCCUGGAGAUUGACUGUCCAACGGUGAAUUUAUUCUGGGGAGCUGUUUAUUGGUACUUGAGAGGGAGAACUGUGGGCUGUUACCGGUUGAAGGAGUAGAAAUGCAGCUAGAACUGGCUGAGGGAGGAGGAGAUAAAUCUGUGGCAUCCUCCCUGCAGUAGUCAGCACAGCCCACAAGAAUAGAAGGUUGAAGCUUCCACGUGUAUUGCUUAAUUAAUAUUCAUACUUGAAUUUUAAUUAUUUUGUAAUGUAUGCAAUUUUGAUGUAAAAACACUGGAGUUUUCCUUUAUCAACUGUCAUACACAAAUAGUUGCUUUAUUAUAUAUAGUAGUUAUAGAAUAGUAACAAAGUAUAUGGGGAAAACAUGAGAACAAGCUCAGUAGAUUUGAAUUUCUAAUGCCACCGUUCUCCAUUCCUGCCAAAAAAAUCAAGUCUAUGUGGUAUUGUAGAGCUAAUGUCUAAAAUAGUCCCAAUGAUAGACUAAUUCUCUCAUUUGUAAAUCUAUUCCUUAUUGGAAAGUUUAAAAAAAAAAAAAAAUGUAACAGGUGGUUGGUAAAAGUGCUAUCCCUGUAUUCACUCUAACUCUGUUUUUGAGUUCUUGAGGGCUUUUGCAUAUUCAUGGGUUUGUGUAUAUGCUCUGUGAGUGAAAGUUUAUACUUUUAUAUUCUGUGAAAUAGUCUCUGAAGAGAAUUGUCAUAUUUACUAAAGCACCUAACGCACAAUCUAUUAAAGAACA